AUGGGAAGGUCCCCUUGCUGCGAGAAAGGUCAUACAAACAAAGGAGCAUGGAGCAAAGAAGAAGAUGAGCGACUCAUAGCUUAUAUUACAGCACACGGUGAAGGAUGUUGGCGAUCUCUCCCCAAAGCAGCCGGUCUUCUCCGUUGCGGUAAGAGUUGCCGUCUCCGGUGGAUCAACUAUCUUCGCCCUGACCUCAAACGUGGCAAUUUUACCCAACAAGAAGAUCAACUCAUCAUCAAACUCCACACUCUCCUCGGUAACAAGUGGUCUCUAAUAGCGGGAAGAACAGACAAUGAGAUAAAGAAUUAUUGGAACACACAUUUAAGAAAGAAACUUCUGAGUAGAGGAAUUGAUCCUGCAACUCACAUGCCUCUCAACCAAACUUCCCAACAAGAGGAACGCUGCCCUGAUUUGAAUCUUGAGCUAACCAUUAGUCCUCCACAUGAUCACCCUCACCAGCUGCAGCAGCCAUUCAGUAGUGGCACCAGCAGCACCGUUACAUCUUUAUUAUGAUUUCACGGGCUUUAUAUUGAAAACCAGUGUUUUGGAUUACAGAACUUUGGAUUUUCAACUGAAAGGAAUUCAUAUAUUAAUUAAUUAAUGUGGCAGAUGGAAUUAAGAGAUUGAUAUUUUACUUUUGUAUAAUAAUUACUUAGUUGAUGAUGCAAUACAACAUUGUAUCCAUUGCUUUCAUCUACUCCUUCUAAAUUAAUAAACUUGAGAUAGGUCUGUUUCAUA